GCCCCUUCGGACGCUUUCUGGUAACCAUGGCGACCCCCUCUUUCCUGCGGAGGGAGUCCGGGGAAUCGUGGAUCUGGAUCAAGAACACAACCCCCAAGCUCCCUCCUCUGGACGCCGUUCGGCUUUCCGCUGUCCUGGAAGACUGCACUGACCAGCUGGCCAUCCUGGGCUACAUCAUGCCUGUUUCUUACGAGGGAAGGAAAGACGUGGAGGAUCUUGAUGAAAAAGGAAUGCAGGACAUCCUUGCCAGCCAACAAGAGCUGAGUGCGAAAUACAGGAACCUGAUGGACAAGAGAGCCGAAAGCCUGGCCAAAAUCCCGGCCGAGUUGGGAAAAAUAGCCGAAAUUCGGUGGCAGCUGUUGGACACCAGCUCUGACCUGAAGCGGUCCAACCAUCUCUUCACCAUGGCCACCAGGCAGAGCGUUUUGUCCACAGAUGUCCUCAAGAAAGUUCAGGUGGACAGGCAAUACUCGAGCAACGUCCUUGAAGGCACCAUGGAUGAGAUGUUGAUGCUGAGGACCUUCCGCACCCUGCAGCUGGCCGUGGCUCUGGAGAAGGACAAGAAGACCAACCUUCAGAACCUGGUCCUCAGGGAGGAGAUGGGAAGGAAGAAGAUCAAGAGCCUCCAGAAACAGCUUGGCGAGAUCAAGAAGGAAAAGGAUUACGAGCUGCAGAACCGGAAUGAGAUGAUUGCCUACCUCAAAGACCAGCUUCAGGAGAUGAAGGCCAAAACGGACAUGGAGAAUCGCUACGUCAAGAAGGACACCGAUCUCCAGGUGGCUCAAGUGCAGAAGAAGUGCUUUGCGACCGAGAACGAUCUGCAGAAUGAAAUUGAGAAGCUGCGAAACGAAAUGGAUCAAGAGAUCCGGAUCCACAUAGAAAUCGUGGCUUUCCUGAAGCAGCAGCAAACGAGCAUAGAAGAGAAGCUGGAAUACUGGAUGGAGAAGUACGAGAAGGAAACUGAGGCCAAGCAGCAGGCCCUCAACAACCUGAAGUCCUCCAGAGCGGCAGACCAGGCCGCUCUGAUGGAACUGGCCAAGCAGUGCCGGGCGUGCGAGCAAGCGAUCAUUGAGGACCGGAAGGAGAAAGAGAAUGCGAGGAAAAAGGUCGAGCAAGAUGCCCUGGAGAUGAAGAGCAUCUUGAAGCUGCAGUCGUGGUGGAGAGGCAUGAUGGUCCGUAGAUUCCUCGGUCCUUACAGAAACCUCAAGAAAAUGCUGGAGGAAGAGCCGGUCACCAAGGAGAAAGGGAAGAAAGGGAAAGCCGGGCCAAGGAGGAAGAAGUGACGGAGGAGCCUGUCCUGCCCUUCUCACAUCCAGCGUGGGUGCACCUUGUAUUGGCCCAGAGGAUUUGGAA